AGAAAAAAGUCUAAAAUUAACAAAAAAUUAGACAUGAUGUCUUCAACAUUAAGUAAAAUCCAUGUGACCAACUCUACGGGCGUUUCAUUAAAUGAACGCUUUACGGCCAUAUCGACACAACCAAAAGUGGUAACCAAUAUUGGUACCGCACGUCGCAGCCGUAGUCGCAGUGUACAACGUCAAGUACCCGUGGCAGCAGUAGCCGUAGAUAAUGUAAAUUCUCGUGCCAAUCAACGUUUAUUGGCUCAACUCCAGAGGAAACACAAAGUACAGGCUGCUUUAAAAUUGAAACGUAGAAGUAUGCGUACCGUCGGUGGAGGAUCUAAUGGUAAUGGAGGAGCUAACAACAGAAUACGACGUGGCACUGUUAAAGCAUUUCGCGUAGGAGUAAAUGGAAAACCUAUACGCACUAAUAGCCUGACUCGUGUUGCAACCAUGAAAGCUGACCGAGAAUCAAUAAACAAUCACAGCAGACCCUUGCGUCGUAACAAUUCAUCAAGCAACCUAGCCAAUCGUUUGGGACCAAGACGUCCCACUGUGGGUGGUGCUGCUCAACGUGUGGCCAAAAGAAAUAUUGAUCGUCAACGUCGCGGCAAUGGCAGUAACAUCAGCGGUCGCGGCAGAUCUGCUGGCCUUAAUAAUCGUGGCCGCUCACGUAGUCGUUCUCGUACACGCACCCUGUCAGAUAACGGACCCAACCGUUCACGCACACGCAACAAUAACGACAAUCAACUUAACGGUCGUAACCGUUCCAGAAAUCGUAAUCGCAAUGAUUUAGGCAAUUUGCAAUCGCCUAACAAUGCCCGUCGUGGUCGUUCGCGCAGUCGCAGUCGUGGACGUGUUGCUGGCAAUUCAAAUUUGCCAAUUAAAGCUCGUUUGGGUGUACGUCCUGGGGCGAUAUCAAAUCGCGCACCAAAUAAUAGACGUCGCACUGCUAGUCUAACCAGACGUGGUGUACAAACAGGUCGUGUGCAAAAGAGACGUAAUUCUACAAAUACUAAUGCGGCGGCUGGCAACGAUAACAAUGGACGUGGUCGCAUUCGAUCAAGAUCUGCCGCUCGCAAUGUUAAAAACGGCAACGUGCGUUCACGAUCACGUUCUCGCACACGCAAGGGUCAGGUAGGUCAGCAAAGGCAACAACAACAGGGUACAGGUCAAGUGAGACAGCAACGUAACAGCCGAGCUCCACGCGGACGCAUUCAACAACGACGUGGUAACAACAGCAACAAUGGUCAAAGAGGUACAAAUAACAAUGGUAAAGCUCAAACCCAACAACGACGUGGACGCAGUCGUAGUCGCACCGGACGUGGUGGCAAUAACGGCAGUGCCCGUAAUCAAGGAAAUAAAACAACGGCAACAACAUCCUCAGUCAACAAAGAUGAUUUGGACAAAGAGUUGGAUCAAUAUAUGGCCACAACGAAGACUGAAAAUGAGAUGGAUUUCCUGUUAAAAAAUUAAAGAAAUGAAGAAUAGAAAGAAAGAUGAUUUUGGUCACAAUUUUUUUACACUUUUGCUCCAACUCCCUCAAGCAAUUGAAGUUAUUGUUUUGAUAUUUAAAACCUAUGCUCUAUUAGUAUGGUUGACAUUUUUUUUAUAAAUGUUUAUUAGUAUAAUUAAUUUAGAUUUAAUAUCAAAAUAUUUGUAUUUAAAAUUAACUAUUUCUUUUCUUUUUCUAAAUAAGUAACUAAUUUAAGUCAUUUGUCAUUUAGUUGUUUUUUUUUAUAUUUUUAAUUUUUUCCUUUCACUACACAUACACCAUCUUUGUCUAUCUUUGUUGUACAUAUAUAUAUGAAACAAAUCAAAUCAAUUUUUUUUACUUUGUUUUUAACAAUAUAAUAAAGAAGAAUAAAUAUAUCAUUUAUUAAAUUGUGCUGUAUAUAUUUAACUUAAUGAGUAUGAAUAAAAUAAAAAAGAAAAAAACGUAUGUCUUAGUAAAAAAAUAAAAA